AUGGUAAAGCAUCCGCCGUCGUGUUUUUUGCUCCCACGACGCGAGCAUGCCUGGGGUGGCAUCGCACGCAGCGAUCGGCAAGCGCACCCAAGGCCGCCCUUGCCCAGGGCCACUGCGGUUUGCGCAGCCGAAGCGGAGGUCCGCGAGACGGAGGCGAUGGACAGCCCCGAGGUGGCGUCGGACCUGGUCGUGGGCUCGCCCGUCCGCGUCCUCGAGGUUGUGCACCUGCCGUCGCAGCGGAGACUGAGAGGCCGCCUGGAGCACCCGGCUGGGUGGAUCUCGCUCCUCAACACGGCGACCGGGGCCCGGUGGGCCCAGCGCGUCGGCCCGCUCCACCCGAAGGCCGCCUGA